UGUUGUUGUCUGUAAGCUGCAUACAUGCUGCAUUGAGGCCACACUGCAUUAAUGGAGAGGUGUGUGUGUGCACAUGUGCACCUCUACUAUGGGUAUCCAUGCAUCCACUAAGCAUAGUAAUCCUGCUGCCUUUGUAUAUAAGCUACAAAAUGACCCAUCUGAGAAACUGCUGCCUCAGCAGACUGGUGCACCCCUGAGCCCCUCCCUGGUGCUCAUGUGUGUGUGUGUACCGUGUGUGAAUGUCUGCAGCCUGCGUGUAAGUGUGUCUGUGUUCGUGAGCGUACUGGAUAAUUUCCUCUGGCUCUCGAGAUGAACAGGAAGAGGAGAGGAGUUUUUUUUCCUCUGGAUAUUUGGGAAUGGUGGACAAAGGAAGUAUCACACUGUUCUUGCUGACUGCUGUGGGAGCGUUCUGGAAAGAGAGGGAGUUUGAACCUGGACCCUGGGAAAGAAGGUUGCAUUGUAUAACCUCAGUGACAAACCAUUCACUUGGAUAGAAGUGUGGAGUUCAGUGUCAGAGUGGUCAGGACCCUUCAGAUCACCACAAAACUAGAUUUUAUUGGUCCUGGGAGAAACGUCAUGACUGCUGAGCCUGUUUGUGUUUCUGUGAGCCCGACCCCACCGUGUUUUUGACCGGGAGCUCCGAACAUGUUAUUGUUCUCAAACAAAUGAGGGGCUGGAGUGGCACAUGACAGACGAGGGGUGUACUCUUGUCAGGAUAACAGCCAGGCCACCGCUGGACUGGAGUUUGAUCUUCACACUUCAGCUCAAUCUGCUGCCGUCACGGUGGACAGGAACAAUCUGUGUCUGACCUCUCCACAACAUUUUAUUCCAAGGAGUCGUGCUUGAAGCAGAGACAGUUUGUGGGAAGAAGAAAUGGAUCGACUCACACAGGACUAAAUGAUCCUGCUGCUAAUAGACAUAUAGUGUGUUUACUUAUUCAAGAAAGAAACUGUGAUUUAUAUCUGAGAGAUCCUGCUUGAAUCUGUAAUUCAAGGUUAUUAGAUAAUACUGAUUUAAUCUUUUUAGUUUAACUUUUGAGCUCAUUUUGCAGACCGUUAUUUAUUUUUAAACCUACACAAUAUGUGUCAUUUAAAAGAAAGUCGUUAGCCUAUUCUGGAUUAGGUCUUACAAUAUCAUACUGCUUUCUCAAUGUUCUUAGCGAUCUAGAUGUCUUCCUGUCUUUUGAAGUUAGUCACUCUUGUAGCGCUGGAUUAAUUCCUCCUGUGGUUGAUCUCUCUUGUGUCUGUAUCCUGUCUGGAGAAGGAAGGGGACGUAAUAGACAAUGUGAUAUCAGUGCAAACACAGCAUGUUCUUACUGACUGGCUACACUGGAUUCAAAGUUCAAACUGUGGCUAAGGCAGCAGGCUAAUGUGUGUGUGCGUCACAUUUCACUCUCACUGGUGACAGUAUCUCUCUCAUCUAGGCGACUUUAAGAUAUGUUCUUUUCCAAAAGAAGAAACCAAUUGUCAAAGAAGUACUGGGCUUCAUAAGCAUUGUCAAUUGUUUUGAAUGGUGUUCCGUCUCCAGUGUCACUUUGAUCUCGCAGAUUGACCUAAAUAUUUCUGAAUCUGUAAGGACUCGCCUCUGGACUGAGUUUCUGGAGUUUGCAUCAAGCCAGAGUGGAAUGUUUUGCCAUCUGUAUCUCCAGAUGUGUGUUGGAACAAGACCAGGGCACUGUGGAUGACACCAACACACACACACACGCUUGUGCUGUGGACUUCAGUGGCAUUGAUUCAUUCACACAGCUGGUGCACAGAGACAAAUCCAAACUGAUCAAUGGAGUGUAUAUGCGGACAGGCAGCUGGUUCCCAUGAAGAUCAGACCCACAACAGGAGUCCAGCAGUGAUCUCUUCCUUUGCCUUACAGUUAGAACUAGACUGCAUUGAUGGGAGAGGAGGCAACUAUGACAUAGUGAACAACGCUGUGGUCUCCACACCCGGGCCACAAAACCACAGAGCCCAAAAUGUGUCCUUACGCCAAAGCUGGGAGAUGAACUACCAAGAAGCAGCCAUCUACCUGCAGGAGGGAGAGAACAAUGAUAAGUUCUUUACCCAUCCUCGAAACCCGAAGGCGCUGGCAGCGUACCUGUUUGCCCACAACCACCUGUUCUACAUGAUGGAGCUGCUGACGGGCCUGCUGCUGAUGAUGCUGUCUCUGUGUGAAGCUCCAGCUGUGCCCUCACUGCGCCUGGACGUCUACGUCCACGCCACACUGGAGCUGCUUGCUUUGGUUAUGGUGGCAUUUGAGCUGUGUAUGAAACUCCGCUGGUUAGGCUUCCACACCUUCAUACGACACAAGAGGACCAUGGUAAAGACGUGUGUGUUGCUGCUACAGUUCGUGGAGGCCAUCGUGGUUCUGAUCAGACAGACGUCUCACGUGAGAGUGACCAGAGCUCUCAGACCAAUUUUCCUGGUGGAUUGUAGAUACUGUGGUGCUGUGCGCAGAAACUUGCGUCAGAUCUUCCAGUCCCUUCCACCUUUUAUUGACAUCCUCUUACUGCUACUCUUCUUCAUGGUUAUAUUUGCCAUCUUGGGUUUCUGCCUCUUCUCUCCAAACACUGCUGACCCGUACUUCAGCACCCUGGAGAACAGCCUCGUCAGUCUGUUUGUCCUGGUGACCACAGCAAACUUCCCUGAUGUGAUGAUGCCAGCGUACUCAAAGAACCGCUGGUCCUGUGUUUUCUUCAUUGUUUACCUCUCCAUAGAGCUCUACUUCAUCAUGAACCUGCUCUUGGCAGUGGUGUUUGAUACGUUUAAUGAUGUUGAGAAGAUGAAGUUUAAAUCUCUUUUACUUCACAAACGCUCUGCUAUUGACCAUGCCUUCCAGCUGUUAGUUAGCCGGCAGAGGCCGAUGGGUGUGUCGCUGAAACAGUUUGAUGGUCUGAUGCGAUUUUACAGACCCCGAAUGUCUGCAAGAGACCGCUUCCUCACAUAUAAAGCUCUCAACACCUCAGGGGCUCCUAUGCUCAGUCUACAGGACUUUUACAAGUUCUUUGAGGUCACUGGCCUUAAAUGGAAGGCACGGCGCAGUGGAGAAUAUUGGUUUGAUGACCUUCCUCACACAACCUUCCUCAUUUUCAAAGGCAUCAACCUGCUUGUGAAGUCAAAGGCCUUCCAAUAUUUUAUGUAUGUGGUGGUGGCCAUCAAUGGUGUGUGGAUUCUGGUGGAGACGUACACACUAAAUAGUGGAUUUUCCUGGUCCAGAUUUGUACCCUGGAGUUACAUUGUUUUUCUGACCAUUUAUGGUGUAGAGGUGUUAUUGAAAAUAACUGGUUUGGGGCCGAUGGCUUAUUUCAGCUCUGGGUGGAAUCUAUUUGAUUUCUCAGUGACGGUGUUUGCCUUCCUGGGCCUGAUUGCUCUUGCCUUCGACAUGGAGCCGUUUUACUUCAUCGUAGUUCUCCGACCACUUCAGCUUCUCCGGUUGUUUAAGAUAAAGCAGAGAUAUCGUAAUGUGUUGGACACCAUGUUUGAGCUCUUCCCCAGGAUGGCAAGUCUGGGGUUGACCUUAAUCAUCUUCUACUACUCUUUUGCAAUUGUUGGGAUGGAGUUUUUUGCAGAUGUGGUUUAUCCCAACUGCUGCAACACCAGCACAGUGGCAGAUUCAUACAGACAGAUAAACGUCACCUAUGGCAACAAAACGGUGUUGGAAGAAGGCUACUAUUACCUCAAUAACUUCAACAACAUUCUCAGCAGCUUUGUGACUCUGUUUGAACUGACUGUGGUCAAUAACUGGUACAUUACCAUGGAAGGUGUAACGUCUAUGACAACCCACUGGAGCCGCCUCUACUUCAUGACCUUUUACAUAGUUACCAUGGUGGUCAUGACCAUCAUUGUGGCGUUCAUUCUGGAUGCUUUUGUGUUCCGCAUGAACUACAGCCGCAAGAACCGGGAACCAGUGGAAAACCCAGAGGAUGAGAACGGGAUAGUGUUUGAAGUGGAGGUGAGUCGGGAUGAAGCUCUGGCCACUCUGGAGCUGUACAAACAGACCUGCCCAGGUCUGUCUUCUCUCAGCUCUUUACAGGGAGUCCUACACACUAUGGACAGGGGAGGGGUAAGGUACACGGACAAUACACUCUUAAAUCUCUGCUCUUUACGUGAAAUCUCACUAAUCCACUUUCCUUUUGUGCUUCGGUGUGUACAGCACACAUCUCUGGUUUAUUUAGGUCGCAGGUCUAGGACGAAGAGUGACCUCAGCAUGAAAAUGUACGAGGAGGAGAUACAGCUCGAGUGGUAUACAGAGUAUUCAAGGGAAAACCUGCCUGAGCAAGACCAAACCCUGGAGCAGGAUCUGGACAGUCCAGUCUCUGACCCGUCUUCCUUCCCAGAGCCUCAGCUCAACUCACAGACUGGACUUCACAGUGUCAACUAAUGCACACAGUGCAAGAAGUACAUACCCAUUCCCAUCUCAGCAUUUUUAAAUGCAAAUAAACCCCAUUACUCCAGGUCUUCCACAGUUCCCCACGCUCCAAGUUUACCAUUGUGGAAGACUAGUCCGGGAGAACGUGAGGCGAGUUGAUGACUCCCUCCUGGAACCUUCCCCACAGACAAUAGGACAUCAGCGCACGUCUGUUGCUCGACCAGUGAAGCUAAGCUUUUUUGGGUCAAUAUUACCAGACAGCCUGUACUACUACGGUAUGUUGUGUAUGUAUACUGCUGUAGGCCUUUUGUGACCUCCUGUAAAACGUGUAGUACUUUAACCUGAUGCCUGAUGACCUGAUUGGAUCAUCUGAUUAGUAUUAACAGACACCGCAUCUAAGUUAUCUAAAACCAAAAUGAUAAACACUUGCACUCCUUUUAGCUCAACCCAACAAAAAGCUAUUACAGUGUAUCUCCUAACUAAUGUCUCAAAAGAUUCAAAGUACUUCACUUUUGUAUAACUUCCUAUUGUGUAAUGUAUUUUCGGUGAGUUAAGAAGGGAUUUUAAUAAACUUUUCAAAUUGUCAA